CUCUCCGUGGCACCUGCUUCUGCCUGCUGUACCUCUAUCACGCCCAUACGCCGAGCAGCGAGACGAGCAGUGCCCGUCGCGACCGGGUACACUCGCCGACUCGUCCUCAUCAGCAAGACCUCGCCGUCCGUCCUCCGACUCGCGUGGACUGUCCGAGUGCGUCGAGCAGGGUGUACAAGGACCAGAACCAUGUCGCGCGUCCCAUCCGGCUCGUCGGCAGCAUCCGCUUGUAUGCGGCAAACGCCCUCGACUUCAUCGUUCGCCCCGAGCACCUCGUCGCACCACUCGCCCUCGCCCGCUGACACGGCCGCACACGCGCUCGCCUCGGCCGCCACCCGCUCGCUCGUCUUUGCCGGGUCUGUCCCGAUCGAGGUCGUCAUCGCCCAGGGCGAGCUGCCGCCUGCAGCAGACCGCGCCGUCGAGGCCUACUACCUACAAGCACCGCGCAUCGCCUACUUGCCGCUCGUCCUCGCCCAGGUCCGCAAGUACUUUCUCGACCUCGUCCUCGACGACAACUCGGCGGCGAGCUUGCGCACCGACGACCUGUGGUUCGACGCCGACGACACGCCGCUCAAGUGGCACUGGCCGAUCGGGCUCCUGUACGACUACCACCAUGUCGCGCACCAGCCUUCCCUCCUCCCUCCUCGACCUCGAGCGCCCUCCCUGUCCGCCACGCCACACGACCCCUCGAGCCUGCCCAACUCGCUCGCCUCGGUCUUUGCGCCCCUGUCGUCCCCCUCAGCAGCCGACCUCUCGUUCCCCUCGUCCUCGGCGGCCCUCGGCGACUCGUCGUCGCACGCGACGCUGCGAGCGCCACCCUCGGCCGCCGCACCUCGACCUCGCACGCCCUCGUCGGCGCGUUCGGCGGUGUUUCUCGAGGGAGGUGUGGGAGCGGGAGCGACGUCGGGCGCGCCGUGGCGGGUCACGCUGCACUUGAGAGACCCGCCGGCCGAGCAGCUGCUCGUCAGCAACCGGGUCGAGGACGCGAGGGCAGGCUUCAUGGCCAUGGUCAAGGAGGCCGACUACGUCCGCUACGGCAACACGAAGCGCGUCACCAACCUGCGCAAGGAGCAGCAGGACAACCUCUGGGAGGGCGUCCUUCAGAACGACUUUGACAAGUACUGGAACGUCGCCUCGAAGCUCGUUCCGCUCCCGGCGCUCCCCUCGACCUCCACGUCGACCUCGGCCUCGCGCUCGCCGACGCCCUCCUCGUUCACCACCUCGAGCUCGGACGGUCGAGCGCCAGACGGCAACGCGGUGAGGACCGUGCCGCUGCGGGUGUACCUGCCCGAGGCCGCGCCCGUCGUGCAGGACGUUGUGCAGCCGGUGCAGCAGGACGGGACCCCGACCACGCUGCAUCAAGCCCUCUCGGCCCUCCUCCCCCUCCUCUUCCCUCCUCCCCCGACUUCUUCCUCCUCUUCCUCGUCCUUGUCCUUCACACCGACACCCGCACCUCUUCCUCUCGCCCACGCCCUCAUCCAGGGCGUCUAUGUCCCGCUCGACGCCGAGAUCGGCUGGCUCGGCGCGUGCAUGCCCGGCGCCGACGGGUGGGUCGCCGCUGUCGUCGUGCUCGUCGAGGACGAGGAGGAGGAGCGAGGGAGGUAGAUGCUGCGGGCUUGUGCGUGCAACGAGGAGCAGCACGAGGAUAAUGCG